AUGUCGUCUUCCGACUCUGCCCCCGCUGCCCCUCCCCGCCGAACCAACUCUCGCUGGGACGUGCCGCCAUACCCUCCCCCAACACGCCCCGACAUCCGUCGCGUCCAUCUCAUCAACAUGCGUGUCCUCCGCGAAGCCCGCCGCCGCCUGGAGCAGCUCGAAGACAACGAGUGCAAGAUCUGCCUGGAGGACCUCCACGAGCCGGUGGAGACGAUCUGGGGACACAUCUUUGGGAGGGACUGUAUCGUGAAGGUCGUGAGCGAGGGGGGCGAUUGCCCCAUGUGUCGGUAUCCGUUGGAGAUGGACGACAUGAGGAGGUUGGUGGAGUAUGAGACGAAGAGACAGAUGAGGGCGAGGAUGGGAAGUCAGGAUGAGGGUCAUGGAGAGAACGAGGACGAGGAGAAUGAGGAGCAGAUGGAAGGGAAUCAGGAGGUUGGUGGCGAGGAGAACGGAGGCCAGCAGGUCGGAAAUGAGGAGAAUACGGAGGCCCCGAUGGCGGCCGAGACCAACGAGAGCGAAGACAGUGGACCAUGA